AUAUCGACUGCCCGCCCAUCGUCCGCCAAGAGGGAUGGCCUGCAAUGGUCGCCUCGCCCGAUCGAUCCCCGGAAUGCUCCCUUCGAGCCUCAAGGGGAAACCUACCUACGAGCCGAAGAUGCUGGGCACUUCAGUAAAGGCAAAUCUUGGAGUCCAAAGAACCCUUGAGCCGAGGCCCUGAACCACUAAGAAUCUCUCGAAUCAGGGACGAACAGGCCGCCCAUCCGGCAUCGGUUCCCAUCAAAAGGGUGGCGGGUGUGGGGCCGGGAGUCCCUGACGAUGACGCCCCAGAAAGUCGGUCGGAGGGCGGGGCGGAGAUGCCCAAAAGAGGUCAUUCCAGACUUCCGGGGCUCCACUCUUUUCAUCCGCCAUGGCAAACCGCACCCCCACCAUUCAUCACCAUUGCCCGCCACGGCAGGCAAACAAAACAUGGGAUUCUCAUCUCUCCGUCCAUGGCACACGCGACACCAUGAUAUCCGUACAGCGGCCUCUCAUAAUUCCAUUCAUGCGGCUAUGUCUAAGACUUUCGGUGACAUCCUGCCUAAGUAUGGGUCCCGUUCUAACUUCUCGGUCCAAUUGUCCCGAAAGUCUGUCUUGUUCAUCAGAUAUCGCUUUCCCACGACGUCUGUUCAUCUCCGCAGGUGAAGGCAAUAAGUUGAAAGGUGUGAACGGAGCUAUCUCGAGUACCCACGGAGCACCACACCGAGGGAUGAUGUUGACGGCGGCUAAAGAUUCAUCAGAGAAAGUUCAGGUGUCUCGUAGGAUUGACCAAGAUCAGACGACAUCACCGUUGACGUCGCCGCCGCUGCAGCUGUCAUCCUCAUUACGGCUUACUACCGGCGACGAAUCUGACAAUUGGAUCCGUAGUAGAUGUGGCAGUACCGCCCGGAGCUUCAAGUGCGUCACUUUCCCGGCAUCAGUCAUUCACCUUUCUAGAGCGGCUACAUCACUAGCAAAUCAGGAAACGAGUGUUUGGUUACAGCUAGCAGUAUAUUCAAUCUUGAACUACCUAGAGGUAUAUACCGGAGUAGACAUCCUGGCAGUCGUUGACGCCACUACAGAACCAAAAGUUCAUUCCAGGGAAUGAAGAAGUUUGAUGACUGGUGUCAAUCAGAGCGCAAAAAAUGAGAUCCUUUGUAGAAUCGAAAACAAACGGUGCGGCGAUUGAGCCGUUGGUAUCUUUUUGAAGUAUUCCCUCUCCAUCCCUUUCCCAUUCCAUCAAAAAUUCGAAAUACCUGAUAGUCAUGGUCCAACG